AUAGUUUACGUUUCGACUGCUAUCUGUCAAGACUUUAUUGGGGAAUGGUUAUAACGUGUUUUAAAAUCGUGUAUAAGUUAAUUUUUGCCAAAUGCACCAAACGGCUCCUGUGUAAAAAAUACGGAUGUAAUGACUCGCCGUUUUGCGAUUAUGUCAAUCAUUUUUUAUAGCACUGUCGGGUAAGAUGGAUAUCGUUGGCACAUAAUAUCCCAUAUUUCCCAAUCAAAUUUUGGGAAAUAAAACGUUUUUGGAGUCGCGAGAAUACGGUAAUAUAAUUCUGUAAAUAUUCUUUGUAUACUGCCAAAUAAGAAGGAUUGAAAACAUACACCCUAACCUGGUAUAUGUUCGUAACGGUUUGUCAUCGAAUUAUAUGACAUAAACAACAAAACAUAACUAUACAGUUUUAUAAUAGUAUACGAAAAUAUCAUAGAUACCCUCUCGCUGUGUCAUUUUGUUUAUAUACGAAGUAGGCCGGAGAUUUAUGAGAACGGAAGCUGAAGUUUCGCUCUACAAAAGUUAGUGUACAUUGUACAGGAAACUAUAUACUCGUGAAAAAUAUAACUGAAAAGUGGUGUAUUUUAUAGGCCAGAUAACUGUAAUUUGGUAGUGAUAGUAGUUGUCUAUUACAUAAUGAAAGGCGCUGGUUUCGUCCAAUUAUUGGGCGUUGUAGCGACUGGAAUAUUGGUAUUCUACUGCAAAACAGCGUCCGCCCAGGCGCAAAAUUGCAGUACAUUUCCAGCGGCUCCGAAAGCAAAUGACUCCGUAGCAAACGCCGCUUAUUUGGACUUGAAUGUUACAUGCGGGGAAAACAAUAUUUUUGUCCGGCUAAGUCGUUGUGCCAUUCUCGGACUCGGAUAUUCUGGUAACGUGUCUCUCUUCAAUUCGACGAAUCAGAAAAUCAACCAUACUGAAUGUAUUCCUAUCGUAUCAGCGGAUAAAAGAUUCAUCAGUUUCAACUUCAGUUCUUCGUUUGGGACAUGUGCAAGCAAUAUUACGGUUACACCCAACAAUAUAAUAUACGUCUACAAACUAAGGAAUGCCGAAUUCUCUAUUGGGGCAAGUGCGGUGAUUAUUCGUCAGAUCGAAUUCCUGAGUCAAUUUUCAUGCUCGUAUCAAAGUCGUUAUGAUAUUUCUCUCGAAUCUGGCCUGGCCACAUCACGAAAGGCAAUUAACAUUACAGCUGGCAAAGUAUCUGGAACUUUCUCUCAAAUACUUGUGAUGUACAACGAUUCCACGUUCCUACACGCACUUACUGAUAACCAAACCAAGUCACUUACAUUUGUGGUACCGCAAUACAUCUACUUCGCUGUGGUGUCUAAUGCUGAUCCGUCGCAGUAUGUUAUGCAGGCAUCCGACUGUUGGGUGACAGAGACAAAUGAUGCCGCAUCGGCGACUAAAUACACACUGAUCAGCGGCGGGUGCCCAGUAAAAGAUUCAAUAUACAAGGAUGCGAACGUCGUAUUCAUGAACUACAAGUCCGUAAAGAUUCAAGCAGGUUUCCGAUCUUUUGUAUGGAGCAGUGGUGGUACAAGUUUGUUUCUGCACUGCACAAUAAACAUGUGCGAUCUUCGGCUAAGCAACAACUGUACAUCGGCGCCAACUUGUCCUGCUGCAAGACGACGCAGAUCUUCGCUGAUGGAAAAACCGGAUGCACUUUUGACAUACGGGCCAAUUCACGUGCAAAGGCAACCUACAGCAUGUGACCACAGCAACGGUGGAUGUUCACAUCACUGCACUGCCCUCAGAAAUGGCAGAGUUGAAUGUUCAUGUCCUCUUAAUUACGUAAUCAAUGCUGAUGGACUGACCUGCCGUGGUAAGAAUUUGACAUUCUUUUAGUCCAAUUGUAUGAAUGUAACUUGCUGUAUUCUCGCGUGGCUGGAAUAUAGACAGUCGUUAUACCACGGAUGUUGUAUCAUAGACCUCGUGCCAGUUUGCGAGUUACCGGCUGCCUUGCUCUUUUGGUAGACUAGGGGUAACGUAAUGCUUGUAGCUAAGUGUGUAUUGCCGAACGUAUUUAUGUAUAAUGUGCGUAAGAUCCUAGGUUUACUGAUGAGCUUGAAAAACGCAUAUGGUAGGGUGGGGGAAGAUGGGAC